UUCUGAAUAUCCAAGGCAUUUGGGCCUCCCCAGAAGGGACUGUAAACUGCAAGCACAGACCCGCUAACCAGGACCCUUACCUUUCUCUUUCAGAAUUCAGACCAAUCGGUCUUCCUGUCUCUUUAAGAGUUGGGUCUUAUCAGUGUGGCUGCCCCUUUAAGGCGACGUUGGGCCAAGUCAUGUCUGAGAGACUGGUGGGGGAGAUCCGCCGUGCUCGGGCUCCCGGCGAGCAGCGAAGCAGCUGUUUUCGGGAGUGGAUUUUCGGGAAAAGUUGUCUUUCUAAGUUUUCUCCUCUCCACAAGUGGAAAAAUUUCCCUCAGCUUUGCUCACAGGGCGAGCAGGCUUGCUAGGCACUCCCCCCGCGCGGCCUCUCCACAUGGGCGCUCCCGGAUGAGGCCCCACCCCUUCGGUUCCACGUGGUCGGCGGCGGGGCCCCAGCGACUUUGGCAGCCGGGUCUGUGUGCGGAGUGGGUCCUGGCAUGGCGGGGGCCGAAUCCGGCGGUGCUGCUCGGUUUUCUUGUCCCCCGAACUUUGCCGCCACACCCCCCGCCUCAGAGCCCCCACGUUUCUCCUUGGAGGCGCUGACGGGCCCAGAUACGGAGUUGUGGCUCAUCCGGGCUCCUGCGGACUUCGAUCCAGACUGCCUCAAUGGCCGCCUGGUGCCUCUCUCUGGCUCCCAUAUUGUGAAGGGCAAGUUGGCAGGCAAGCGGCACCGCUACCGGGUCCUCAGCAGCAGCCGCUCCCAGGCUGGAGAAGCAACACUGCUGGCCCCCUCAGCCGAAGCCGGAGGUGGACUGACCUGUGCCCCCACUGCCCAGGGAAGCCUAAGAAUCUUUGAGGAUCCCCAAGAAUCCCUGGCAGGGACUCCUCUGCAGCCCAUUCCAGCCAGCCCCCCACCACAGAUCCCCCUGGGCCUGAGGCCUCGAUUCUGUGCCUUUGGAGGCAGCCCACCAGUCACAGGGCCUGGGUCACCCUUGUCACUGAAGACACUGACCUUGGGGAAGAGGGAAAAAAAGAGACAGGUGCCAGAGGCCUCAGUCCCUCAGGAGGCAGUGAAUGGGCAUGGGGUCCUAGAGGUGGACACAGCUUUGGUGUCCCCAGAGAUGAGUGUGGGGAAGAAAAAGAAGAAGAAAAAGCAGCAGCUGCAAGAACUGGAGGUGAUGGAACCGGUGGUGACCGAGCCCACAGCUGAGAUGUCGGAGCUUCUGAGAGUGCAGUUCCCAUCCACUACCAAGAAGAGGAAGAAGCCCAAAAAGACAGAAAUGGUCGAGCCAGAAAUGGGAAUGCUGGAGCCAGAAGAAAAGAUGGUGGAGCUGGGACUUGUGGUUAAAAGUGAGCCUCUGGAAGAGUCAGUCCUGUCCCCCACCAAGAAGAGGAAAAGGCAAAAGGAGGGCACAGAAGGGAUUGAACCAGUGGAGCAGACGAUAGUUGAGUCUCAGCUGCAGGUAAAGGAGGAACCACAGGAUGAAGCCAUCCCACUGCCCUCUGUGAAGAAGAGGAAAAAAGAAAAGGGGUACAAAGUGAUAAUGGAGCCAGAGAUGAAACCUGUAGCGCUUCAUGGGGAGGUGACAGACCCUGAACAGCCAGACGAAGUAGAGCCUCAGACCCAGGCAGCUCUGGCAGCCACCAAGAAGAGCAGGAAGAAAGAAAAGCGGCAAAAAGCAACAAUGGAGCCAGGGACGGAGGAGGUAAGGCCACCAGAAGAGGUGAUGGAGCCUCAGCUGCCAGGUGAUACUGAGCCACAGGCAGCUCCGGCAUCCACCAAGAAGAGGAAGAAAGAAAGAGGACACAACAUGACGGAGCCAGGGACUGAGAUGAUUUCCCCACGAGGGGAGAUGAUGGAGCCUGAGGUGCAAGACGAGGGUAAGCUUGAGGCUGAGGCAGCGCCAGCAUCCACCAAGAAGAGGAAGAGGCGGGACCAGGAAAGCAAGGUUCCAGAGACGGCACCCCAGGAAGAGAUGCCAGAGCCACUGCUGAGUCUGGAGCUGGUGGACGUGGCCACAGCAGGACAGAAGAAGAAGUGGAAGAAGUUGCAGCAGGAUCCUUUAUAAUUUCCUCCCGGGAAAUCGACAGCUGCAAAGAAGAGCUUAAAGUGGCCAGUGGGCGUCAGAAGGUGAGAGCCAGAGGAAGCACCCUCUCCCAAGGGUCACACUCAGCAGGAGCUUGGACUGGGAAAAUGCUUUAUUAUUAAGCAUGGGCCUCCUUGGCAGCUGGGGUCAUCAGGGUGAUUUCAAGAAGGGCUCGUGUAGGACAUCAAACAGCCUCCGGGCCUGGGCGGGAGGGAGAAAGAAAUGAGCAAGCAGUCAUUAAA